CGAGACUCCCCGGCCGGGCUGCUCCGCCGCCUGCUGUCACCCUCCGGCCUCCUGGCACCUACCCGCCGCUCCGCUCUGCUCUGGGCCCUGGCUACGCGCGCCGGCCAUGACGGGCGCACUGUUCAAGGCGAACUUCUGGAGCUCAGACAUCCUCAGCACCGCUGGCUACGACAGUAUUAUCCAGCACCUGAACAACGGCCGCAAGAACUGCAAGGAGUUUGAAGACUUUUUAAAAGAAAGGGCAUCAAUUGAAGAGAAAUAUGGCAAAGACCUGCUAAAUCUCUCCAGGAAGAAGCCAUGUGGACAGCUGGAGAUCAACACUCUGAAGCAGGCCCUUGAGGUCUUCAAGAAGCAGGUAGACAAUGUGGCACAAUGUCACAUUCAGCUUGCCCAGACUCUAAGAGAAGAGGCCAGAAAGAUGGAAGAAUUCAGGGAAAAGCAAAAGCUACAACGGAAAAAGACAGAGCUUAUAAUGGAUGCUGCCCAUAAACAAAGGAACUUACAGUUCAAGAAAACUAUGGAUGCAAAGAAGACCUAUGUGCAGAAAUGCCGAGACAAAGAUGAAGCAGAACAGGCUGUCCAUCGGAGCGCCAACACAGUGAACCCAAAGCAGCAGGAAAAGCUUUUCGUGAAACUGGCAACUUCGAAGACUGCAGUCGAAGACUCAGACAAGGCGUACAUGAUGCACAUCAACCUUCUGGACAAAGUCCGCGAAGACUGGCAGAGCGAGCACAUCAAGGCCUGCGAGAUGUUUGAAGCUCAAGAAUGUGAACGAAUUAAAUUCUUUCGGAAUGCAUUGUGGUUACACGUGAAUCAGCUGUCACAACAAUGUGUCACAAACGAUAACAUGUAUGAAGAAGUCCGUAAGAGCUUAGAGGUAUGCAGCAUUGAGAAGGACAUUGAGUACUUUGUGAACCAGCAAAAAACUGGCCAGACUCCACCAGCACCCAUUGUGUAUGAGAAUUUCUACUCCCCCCAGAAGAAUACAACCCCACAGGGAAAGUCUCCAGGGCCCAGCUUACCAAGGAGAGGACCUCUCCCAGUUCCUAAAAAUUUACCAGAUGACCCUGAUUAUUCUUUGGUUGAUAACUACAGUCUGAUCUAUCAGUAACAUCAGUGAAAACAAACCUUUUCUGGGCUGAUGCUUCUACAGCGUGGGAGGAGGCACUCCGAACAGUAGAAUCCUUAGCCAAACUGUGUCAUUCGUGAAACUUCCAAGUGAAACCUUGCUAUAAUUUUUUUUUUUGGUAUUUUAAAUUUAUUGUAGACAUUUAGAUCAACUUAGGUUAGUAAAGUUCUGAAAUUCUUAAAAGAAGUUUACAAAUUGUCCCAGACCGAAGAAUUAUUCUUUCCCAGGCGGUUACUAACGUUGAGAGUGAAUUGUGUUAUCUACAUGGAGCCCUGACUCUUGCUAUGGGGGGACAGCGGUGGCCGUGGAGGGGUCUGAGCCAUGAACCUGGAGGGGCUUAGUUGGCCGUGGGGACAGCAUGGCUGUGGAAUGUUCACAGCGGAACACACCCUCGGUGGCGCACCAUUUUAAAUCACCUUCCUUUUUGCCUGGAGGACUUGGAGGCCAUCUGAUUAUACUUUCUCAUUUUACAGAUGAGGAAAUAGGGCCCAGAAGUGUGAAAUCAAUUUCCUUAAUGAUUAGGGACAGAAUCCAAACUGGAGUGCAAGCUCACCUCACAUCGCCAUUCUUACUGAUCCUUCCAGAGGCCAUUGGUGCUUGUGUUGAAAUUUCAGACGCCAAAUGUUUUUCUGCCGGCAUCUUUUCAGUUGGGAAAAUAACCAGGGUUUAAAUGUCAGAUUUAUUUUUAUAGGACUCCCUAUGUGUCCUGAACUUCAGAGUACUCUAUUUAAUUUAAUCUAAGAAGCCACCGAUUAUAAAGCAUGGUCAUUAUUUUACAUACAACUGGGACAGUUAGGUAAGGGAGUUGACAUUCUGAGUAGGGGCAGAAUUACUCAUAAAGGAGUGAAAAUUGUGACAGUUAGUGGUUAAGCCCAUUUGAAUUUGAUUUCCUAAACUGUGUGUGUGUGGGGGGACUA